AUGGGCAAGAUCCGCUUGAACGCGGCGUCAUUCUACAAGGACCCCUCGAGCUACAUUGCUCGUCCCAUCGUCUCCGAGACGGCUGUCGUGCGAUUAUACACGUCUGCUGGCCUCAAGAGGCUCGCCUUGGCUCCGACCUGCGCGACUAGCCCAGUCGAGUACACGCUGACCGCAGACGAGGCGGACAUCGGCACUUGGGGCAAGCUCGAGAGGGUCGCGGCACCCUACAGCGCCAUUCGCUCCGCCCCCUUGAGGGCGGCAAUCGACUCAGGGCUCGCUUCGUCGCCCGGUAUCCCCGGCUCCAACGAAGACUUUGACGAUUUGAUUGCGGUCGUCGGCGGCUGGAGGAAGCCCGGCGGCACCACGAAGUGGGUGCUCAUGCCUUUGACCUUGCUCGAGGCGCUUGCGGGCAUCGGCUCUGCCGCUGCCGUGGAGGCGGAGCUCUUCCGUUUUGGCGCUGUGGAGGUGCUCGCCCCUAACACCAGCGUGCAGGACACGCCGGCUGGGCUCAAGAGCGACGACGUCGUGCUCGCGGCCCCCAUCUCAAUCGACUCGGCUGGCAAGAGGACAGGCUUCUACGGCGGGCGCGCUUGCUUGAAGGCGGAGGGCGCCAUCUGCUCCGAGGUGUUUGCUCUGAGCUCGUCGCUGGGCCCCCUCUCGGCCGGCGCUGCGAAGGUGGACCAACCUUUCGCCGGACUGAACGCCGCCAGGGCUCUCGUCUACGGCCUGUGCACCGGUGCCGCGCGGCUCGACGACCGCAUGGAGCUCAGCUUCAGAAGGAUGGGUGGGGCAGCGGCCAUCCUGAGCGGUUUGCUGGGCACGAGCGUCGAAGAGAUCGAGGAGGCCGCGCCGGUGCAUGUCGCCCUCGCCGCGUGCAGGGCCGUGGGCCGCGUCGUGAAGGGCCACGCCUGCGCGCCCGAGCCAAAGGCCCUUGGUCCCGCCCGCCAUGCACAUCGGCAGUGCCAACUUGGCGCUACCAGGACGAGGGCUCAGGAGUCAACCGUGACGGAGUCCGUCGCCCGCGCGGCCCGAGUCCGAGACCACGCUUUCGACUACAUUGGCCUUGCUUCGACCAUUGCCCCGCCCCCGGCUGCCAUCCGAGUUUGGGUGUUCUUCUACGGCGCGCCGCUCGAACCACGUGAAGCUGGCUAA